AUGGAUCCGCCGUCGCUGAACCACAACCUGAAAGUCCCUCCGGAGUUUGACGGUCGGAGUUCAUCGUCAAUGUCGUCCCCUCCGAAUUCACCCCCGCAAAACCAUGCGAUCCACGAUACUAUCGAAGUUGCUCGCCCAUCCCAAUCCAACCCCGGGAAAUUUGCAGAAGGUGUUGUUGCAGCAGCUUCGGCAACUCCCGGGCGACUCUCUACCAACACAACUGCGACAGCUACGAACAGCAAAACAUCUACUACUACUGCGAAUGGCAAUGCGCCGGAGAAGCCUAAAAGGCAACGAAAGAAAAAAGAAGUCGGACUUGACGGCAAACCCAUCGUCGACGACAAGCCCAAGGAGAAGAAACCACGAAAGCCCCGGGAACCCAAAGUCAAGACUGCAGGCGCAAACGACGACAAGCCGGCCGCGUCACGCAAGAAGCAGAAGGUCGAAACCAAGGUCGAGCCUGCUGAAGCAUCUACCGCACCUCGUCAAUCGACCUUGACCGAGAUGGUUGGAUCGUAUCAGCAACCAGCCAACUCAUCCUCAAACGCUGCCGCACCUCUACAACCACAACAUCGCGCCUCCGACAGUAUGACUUACAGCAGCAUUCCGCCAUCGUUUUCGAAAGCACAGUCUCCACGACCAUUCUCCAGCGGCCAGAACUACGACCCCAUCCGCGGUUCAACCAGAGCCUCCUAUCCACCGCCACCACCCAAUCCUAACAACGUCACCGCGUCGGCACAAGCUUCACCACAUGCCAAUCGAGCAUCUGCUUCACCAGCAAUUUCCAGCCUGAUCGAUCCACCUCCAACAAUAAAGGCGUCAGCCUCUGCGACAAUGAACUCACCUCACGCAAACAUGCAGCCACCUUCUUUGACAUCUCAACAGAUUCAGUCGCCACAAAAGCCGACCGCAUCCAUGGCCUCACCACCACAGCCGCGACCUUCACCACCAUUCACCAAACCGUCCACGAUGGCCAACUUUGACGGCGCGAUGGAUCUGGACCGCCUACCAUACUGCGCCAACCAGGCAGCCAAGAAAGCGCCCAAAUCGAAAUCAUCUUCUUCACCCACACCCAAAGCCGCUCGUCCAACUCCACCGCCUGCGCAAGUGCCGAAGGGAACCGGCAGCGGCCUGCUAUCCAGCUCUGACCUCUUCGGCGGACCCUCCACCUCCGAGCCUACCACGCGCAAAGGAGUGAACAUCGACAUCCACAUCCCGCUCAACCCAGCCGGCGGAAACACGGUCAACAUCGCUCAGGAGAUUGCGAAGAAGUACGGUCGUGAUGCCGUCAACCCACGUGCUGCCGCGCACCGCGAGAUGAUGCUGCGCAUGUCUGCUGAAGCAAACAAGUUCGCCGGCACCGCAGACGGGGACGAGAUGAGUGUGGAUCUUUUGAGCGAGGCCGAAGGGGACAGCAACGUGGAGAUGGGCGGCAUGGAAGACGGACAGAGCAAUACCGGCCUGGACACUGGCGCAGACGGCCCGAAGCCACGCAAGAGACGCAAGAAGGUGGAGGAGUACGACAAGGAAGAUGACUUCAUCGACGACACGGAGCUGGCGUGGCAGGAGCAGGCGGCUGUGGCUAAGGAUGGCUUCUUCGUUUACUCGGGCCCCCUCAUUCCGGAAGGCGAGCAGCCCCAGAUCGAAACGAGUGCGCCGACUAGAGCUCGCGGUGGGAGAGGUUCGAGGGGUGGGAGGGGUGCAAGGAGUGCGAAUACCUCGACUACGCAUGCUUCGCUGGCGGACACGAAGGCCAGGGAGGCGGCACCGUCGACGAGGGCAAGGGCACGUGGGACUAGAGGCACGAGUGCGCCUAGGAAGCCUCGCAUCACGAAGGCGGAUCGGGAGAGAUUGGAGCUAGAGAAGGCGGAGCGUGAGAGGGCUGCUGGGAUGGGUGGGCAAGCUGCGGGGAACUCGACCACGACUGCGACUGCGACUGCGACGACUGCUGCGACGAACGGUGCCGCGAAUACGACGACGACGACUCAGCAAGGUUUCGUGCAGCCCACUCCACAACAGCAACAGCCGGCCUUCUACCACCAACAGUCGACCGGCACGAUGGCUUAG